ACGUGCAGCAUGACCUGAACUCUCAAAUUUUCUACUCCCUCUUACCUGAACUUCAUCCACAGUCCCCGUAUCCCUACCCACCGUCUUCUCCUUACGUUCAUUCCGCCCAUCGUUCAGCCCAUCCUUGAUCUUCAUCUUACUAUCAUGCCUAGUAGCUUGGAAGGCCAAUCUAUCAGACUCGAAGUCAUCAACGGAAAGAAUCUUCAAGUGCCUUCUGGGCGCAUUCCCGCUGGUAUCUACGUCUCUAUCAACGUUGGCUCGAGGAGACGCUGGAAAUCAGCCAUCAAAGUCCUAUUAUCCAAGAAAUCUGUAGGACGCUGGAAAUCAGCAAGCAAGGUCCUAUCAUCCAAGAAAUCUGCAGGACACUGGAAAUCAGCCAUCAAAUUCCUAUCAUUCGACAAAUCUGUAGUGUUGGGCGAUGCCGUGACCUUACCAUUAGGCGUGUCACCUGUAUUCUCGCUGGAUAUCAGGACAUCCUUCGAGCUCGAUCGAAUGUUGGGCAAUGGAGAAGUCAUCGGAGAACUCGAAACGACGUGGGAUGAACUACUCGAUCACGGCAAUGAGCCUUUCAACCUCUCCUUCCCACCCGUUCUCGGCGUCAGUCCCUCGCUCACCCUGAAGGCCGCUGUUGUACAUUCUUGCGACAAUCAGGACAGCGCAUUGCUUGACUCCACAGUAGACUGCAAGAUUGGUCGAGACGCGGAUGCAGGUCACGCUCAAUUUGCCGAAUAUGUUUCAAGCAAGAUGGUCUCUCGCCUGAACGGUGCUGUAGAGCAUUUUCAGUCGGUUCUAGACCAGUGUCCGGUCGACCAUCCCGACCGCGCAUCGGCUCUCACCGACCUCGCGUGUGUCCGCCUCAAAGGUUAUAUUCAAGGGGAUUUUCAAGACAUUGACUUCGUCACUUCCCUCUUCCGCGAAGCUCUUGCAUUGCGUCCGCAGGGCCACCCCGAUCAUCCAUUGUCGCUCUAUCACCUCACUGAAGCGCUGAACUGGCGUUACAGUGAGGAGGGCACCGCCGUCUAUAUCCAGGAAUCCGCGCAAAUGUACUGCAAGUUACUGCCCCUCUGUCCAGAGGGCACCUACCUUCGCGGCAUCGCGGCAGGGGAAAAUGGUGUGGAUUAUGUGAUCAACAAAUGCAACAAUCUUCCAACCGACGCAUCUGAUGAAGACAUCCACCUCCGACGAAUCGUGCUCCAGCUCUGUUCUCUGGGCCAUCAACACCGUCCAAACGCACUCAAUAAGCUCUCAAGUGCUCUCAGAUCACGCUUUAAACAAUGUGGCAGCAUCGAUGAUUUAGAUGAAUGCAUACAAUUUCGUCGUGAAGCCAUUUCUCUAUGCCCUGAGGGACAUACCAAUCAUGAAACAUAUUUGAACAACUUGGCCUUCUCACUCCAAUACCGUUUCGAUCACCAAGGCAAAUCCCAUGACCUCGACGAAGCCAUUUCUUUGUUUGAAGCACUGAUACUCCUGCGCCCUGUCGGGCAUAAAUAUCGCGAUACAGCAUUGGACAACCUAGGGCGCGCCCUCAGCACCCGUUUCCGCCAAUGCGGUGACGUUGAUGACAUUAACAGAGCCGUCAGCCUCCGCCGCGAGGCACUGACGUUACGCCCACCUGGAAAUUCAUCUCGUGACAAGACACUUAACAACCUCGCCCUUGUGCUCCAAACCAGAUAUGUUGAAUUAGAUGCCAGCGAGGAUCUCGACGAGGCCAUCGAUCUUUACCGCGAAUCGCUGCGGUUAACGCGGCUUGACGAUCCAACGCGCCAUAGAACUCUCUAUAAUUUGAGCUCGGCGCUCUCCUCUCGUUUCACGAAAAUUCAGAAGAAUGAAGAUGUCGAAGAGGCCAUUGCACUUUGUCAAGAGUCGUUGGAGGCCUUGCCUUCACUGCACCCAGAGAGAUAUUUUAGCUACACGCGGUUGCAAGAAGCCUAUUCGUCUCGUUACCGACAUCACAACAUCAAACUCGAGGAUUUCCAGAACGCAUCAAGGAGGCUAUUAAGUGGGCUCGCCAAGCAGAAGUCUAUCAACAUGAAAUCUGCCCUCGAAGCGUACCAAAUGUGCUUGGAGCUUUUCGACAGCCACGUGAUAACACGAUCGUCGAUAAUCUCACGACGCGAGGCUGCAACCGCUUUUCGCGAUGCACGGUCGCUGCCAGUAGAUGCAGCCUCAUGUGCCAUCCGUUGUGACAACCUACGACAGGCAGUCGAACUCGUGGAUCAGGGCCGUGGCCAGCAGUGGACAUUGGCAUCACGACUGAGGACACCACUUGAUGAUCUCGAGUCUACGAGUCCCGAACUAGCUCGCAAGUUCUCGGAGCUCAGCAGGUGUCUGUCCGACGCUCAAGGUGCCGCAGUCGGCACAGACAGAGCUGCUGUUGAUCGGGGAGAAACACAGUAUAGGAGACUUACGGAGCAGUGGGGAGCUGUGGUAGUUGAAAUCCGUAAUCUCGAAGGUUUCUCGCGGUUCCUGCUUUCACCUUCGUAUGAAGACUUGCAAGCGGCAGCGCGUCAUGGCCCAGUCAUCAUCCUCAUUGCGAGUCAAUACUCGUGCAGCGCCCUUGUUGUACCGACAUCAGGAGAGCACCACCACGUUCACUUCCCGGACAUCACUCUCACGCAUCUGAAGAGGCUUAAGGCCGACUUCGCUAAAGCGAUAAAGCAAGCGGUUGGUAUGCGCCCACAGGAGCGAAGGAAGGAUUUGCAAGAACUCUUACGGAUAGUAUGGGAUAAGAUCAUGUUGCCCAUCGUCAACGUACUCGAGGGUGAUCUCAGAUUGCAGCACAGGUCUCGAAUUUGGUUGUGUCCGACUGCAGACUUUACUUCGAUCCCUCUCCACGCAGCUAACUCCUUUCGGAUGAAGGCAGAUUACUCUGGGCCGGAACCAUGCCUAGAGGAUCUUUACAUCUGCUCAUAUACUCCGACAAUUUCUGCUCUGAUCAGAUCUCAACAAUCGAUGAAGAAGUGCGUGCCUUCCUUCGUGGCCAUCGGACAGUGUCAACCGGGGAAAGGGCAAGGCAAGGCGCUCGUAGCUGUCGACGACGAGCUCGACCUUGUCUGUAAGCUCGUCCCCGCGACGGCCAACCCCACCCUCUCUAACGACGAUGCCACGCGAGCAGGCGCACGAAAGGCCUUGCAACAGAACACCUGGGUGCACCUCGCUUGUCAUGGCAAGCAGGACCAUGAGCAGCCCUAUGAUUCCCAUUUCGCUAUGAGAGACAUACCUCUCACGCUGCUUGACAUCAUGGAGCAAGACAAUCCGCACGCCGAGUUUGCGUUCUUGUCAGCGUGUCAUACCGCCGUCGGCGAUGAGGAGACCCCUGACGAAGUCAUCCACCUUGCGGCUGGUCUGCAGUUUUCUGGGUUCAAGAGCGUCAUUGGCACGCUGUGGGAGGUCGACGACGCUGUCGUAAAACAUGUCGUAAAAGCUUUCUACGAGAAGAUGUUUGAGGAUUUAGAGGAUGGUGGUGUCAUGGACUGUACAAAGGCGGCGCUGGCACUCAAUCACGCUACGUACGUCGUGAAGAAGAAGGUGCCGCUCGAGCAGAGGAUCGUCUUCAUUCAUAUUGGUGUGUAG